ACACGCAUAUGUCUCUCAAAGCAAAUUACACCUAAAAGAAAAGGAAAAUAAAUUUGUAAUGGCUCCCAAAGACGGAAAUGCUAGCCAAAUCUUGAAGAAAGGAAACGUUAAUGGAAAUAUUAAGAUCAAAGAGGUGCAUUAUAGGGGCGUAAGGAAGAGGCCAUGGGGUAGAUACGCAGCUGAAAUCAGAGAUCCCGGCAAGAAGAGCCGCGUUUGGCUCGGUACUUUUGAUACGGCUGAGGAAGCUGGCAGAGCCUACGAUGCGGCGGCGCGUGAGUUUCGUGGACCUAAGGCUAAGACCAACUUCCCGUUAUCGGAUGAAACGAACAACUACACAGGUAAGAAGGGCCAGAACCAGCAGAGUCCUAGCCCAAGCAGCACCGUGGAGGAAUCCUCCAGCGCAGCGGUGGAGCUUGAGCCCAAGCGUGGAGGCAACAGCGUGACUGGGGUUGUAGGGAGAUUUCCUUUCGCAUGCCACCAGCAGCUGGCCCUGGAUGGUGUUGGUGGUAGGAUGGGCGGGGUGGCUUACGGGCGGCCAGUUCUGUUUUAUGAUGCGUUGGGUAGAGCUGAGGUUGAAGGUCAGGUUUAUCCGGUUCGGUUUGAGCGGGUUGGAGUUCAGUUGAGUAUGAUAUUUGGAGGUGGGGUCCAAAGUGGAUCGGAUUGUUCGUCGGUCGUUGAUUGUAAACCAAGGAUGCCUGUCCCUACCCUCGACCUUAAUCUUCCUCCGCCAGUGGAUGCUUGAAUAAUUUAUAGCUUUUCUUAUCAAAUAUUUUCGUUUCCCUUUUUUCACCUUAAUUUUCAGCAUGUGAGAGGUCGGGAGCUUUGAAGAAAAAGAAAAAAAAAAAAGGAGCUGAUAAACCAUUUUAGCUAUGGUUUAUCUUUAAUCUGAUGUAAAUAAUUUAGGAUAGCCAUCCCUGUUUUUUGCAACUGAGAGGAAAGAAAACAUCUAUACUUUCUCUUAGCUGUUUUUGUUAUAGCCUCUCAUUCAAACUAAUCUUUUAUUUCCAAUGAAAUGAAAUAUCAAAUCUCUAAUGCACUGUUACUUAC